AUGUCAAGUUCUCAGAAUCCAUCCCCUUCCAAGAACGACGAAACUCUGCCUCCACAAACGGCCACAUCACCCUCAUACGAGUCUAUUCCUCAACAAAUCACCGUGGCCUUUCCAAUUUCAACAAUUUUUCCUGAGGAAAUAACGAAGAGGAAGAAGAUCUCAGCGAAGAAGACAACACCAAAGAAAAGUUCUAAACGAACUCAAUCCACUUCGCGUGCGACAUCUGCUUCGAAACAAACGGGUAAGAAAUCGAAAUCCACUCCUAAAGUUGUUCAUACAAUGCGAGAACUGUACCUUGACAAUCCUGCUACUCAAAAUGUUGAUGUUAAUGCUGAAGCAUCUGAUUCUAGUAAGAAGAAUUUAAGUUUGGAAUUGGAUUUAACUGAAACCCUAGGAUUAGAAAAACCUAGGUCUGCUGAGAAAUUGGGGGAAACCUCCUUGAAAACCCCUGAUGUUGCUAUUGAUGGUAUUGGCGCUACCUCUAAGGCUAAUUUUGAGUCAGAAAUGACAGUUGAUGAGAAUGCAGGUUCUGGGCUAGAUGCUGCAAAUGAUGCUACAGCAUCUGCAGCACAUGUUGAUAUUAGUGCUUCUAUAGUCCCUGAGUCACCAAACUCUCCUGUGGCUCCUGUUCAUGAAGAAGGGACUGAAACCACCAUCCCUGCUGAUGUCACUACACAGAAUAAGGGUGAAAGUGUGAGUGUGCCUGAUACAAGUGAGCCAAAUGUUAUUGAUGUUGAAAGCCUCCAAUUUAAGAGUACUCCUAGGGCUGGUAUAUCUAGGAGGCUGAGAAGUAAUACAGGAAAGGAUAUAGCCACUCCUUCUGAAGCCACCAAAACUAAAAUUGGGCCUAAGAAACAGUGGAGCAAGGUCACUAUACCCUCUGGAAGUAAGAAGAAGACUGUGAAGAGAAAAACUAUCUCCUCUAGUGACUCUGACUAUGAGGAGGAUCAGGAUGCUGAAGCAUCUCCUGUAGCAUCUCCUCAGAAAUCUGCCAAGAGAAAAAGAAUGGCUCCUAAUGUCCCAUCUGUACCAAUUGAUAAUGUCUCCUUUCAUUGUGUUGAGAAUGUUGACAGGUGGAAAUUUGUGGUCAAAAGAAGAAUGGCCAUUGAAAGGAACCUAACUGAAGAAUUAUUGAAAUGUCAAGACAUUGUGAAUCUGAUAGAGGAGGCAGGGCUGAUGAAAACUGUAUCUGAAUUGGGUAAAUGCUAUGAUAAAUUGACUAGAGAAUUCUUAGUAAACAUCCCAGCUGACUGUGAUGACCCUUUAAGUCCUGAAUACUUAAAGGUGUAUGUGAGGGGCAAAUGUGUUGAUUUCUCACCAGCCAUCAUCAAUCAACAUCUGGGAAGAUGUGAUGUUCCUGCACCUGAAUUGGAGAUAUCUAUGAAUGAGGUAUGCAAGACUAUAACUGGUGACAAAGUGAGAAUAUGGCCAAGAGCUGGAAAACUGUCUGCUGCAAAAUUAACUACAAAAUAUGCUCUGCUGAACAAAACUGGUGCAGCAAACUGGGUCCCCACUACACACUCCAACAGUGUAGCUACAGGUUUGGCCAAAUUCAUCUAUGUCGUAGGUACCAGUACUGUUUUUGAUUAUGGCACUCAUAUUUUUAAUGCAACAAUUCUCCAUGGCUCUUCUACUGCUGUAAAAAUGCCAAUAGCCUUUCCCACUUUGAUCUGUGGUAUUAUCUUGUCUCAACAUCCUGACAUCUGCACUAACUCUGAUGUGCCUGUCUCUAGACCCUCAGCCUUGACCAUGGAUUUUAGAUUAUUGGAAGGUACACAUGCUGCAGACAUUGCUGUAGCAUCUUUGAAGAAACCAGCUGCAGGUAUGACCAAGAGACAGAUGAUUGCUAAUCUCAGGGAGGUUAGUAAAAUGCUAGGUGAGAAGAAGGAGCUGGUAGAUGGUGUAAUCCAAGCCUUGGAGCUUGAGCAGUCACAGGCAAAUGAGGAUGGAGUUGGUCCUUCCCAUGGCGCUUCCCAUGAUGAUGAUCUUGCAGGUGGUGACACUGUAGAAGAGGAAAUGGCCUCUGAUGAAAGUCCCUCAAUAUGA